UGGCAGCUGAGGUCAAGGGAGGGGCGGAGGGAGGGGCGGAGAGAAGGGAGGUGAGGGACGGGAUGAGCAGGGAGGGGCGGGGAGGGGCCAGCGGCAGCAGCAGCAGCAGCGGCGGUCACCACUUCCACCACCACCUCUUCAGUCGUCGCCGAUCACCCAGGGGAGGAGCACGCGUCUCACACACACUCCCCCUCUUUCUCUCUCUUGCCUUGGUCCCUCCUCCUCCUCCUCCCUCCCUACGCGUCGGACUUGCAGCACGCGACCGCCCACACGCCCGCACGCAGUUGAAACCACAAAUAACACCCAAAAAACAGUGACUGGAAUUGAGUGCGGAUUACCUGGUGUAUUUUUACCUCACGCACGGAAGGCAGGAAGGACAGUGCCAGUGUUAGUCCCGCCACGCACGCACGCACACACACGCGCGUGCAUCAUGGUGCCACAGCGAUUACGGAGCCCUCACCUGCCGCCUAAUUAACCCCGCGCCAGGAUUACAGCGUCGACAGGAGUGACGGAGUGCCCCGCCGCGCCCCAUGUUGCAGCCGCCGCCGCUCUCCGCUGACCUCUUCCCCGCCCCCGCCAUGUCUACGGAGUGCGAGGCCGCCCCGUCCCAGUCCCUGGCCGCCAGCAGCCUGCCCACCGCCUCGUCCCGCCCAGCCGCGGCCUCCAAGCCCUCGGAGCGGCACGGCGCCAGCGGCAUCAGCUACGAGGGCCGCGUGUCGGUCAUCCCGCCCCUCGCUGGCUACGAGGCCACCAUGCGGGCCGCCCUGGAGCUGGAGCGAGCCCACGCCGGUGACCAGCAGCUGGCGCACGCCGACAGGAGCUUCGGCGACCAACAGGUGCAGCACGACCUGCGGCGCCUGUACGAGCAGCGCAUGAGGCUGCAGCACGAGGCGGCCUCGCAGAUGUACGACGCUGCCCGGCAGGCGUACGAGCAGCCCCACGAGGCCUGCGUGCCCAAGGAGGAGCCGCCCAGCGAGCAGGAGCCCGAGGCCGGCGGCAGCCGCGGCCAGGACGGCAUGCAGCCGAGCCGCGGCGAGCCGUCCCCGCAGGCGUGCCACUCCCAGGUGAAGGAAGAGCCGCAGGACGCGGAGGCCGAGGCGGGGGAGGCCCAGCAGGCAGCCUUCGCCUUCCGGCGGCAGGACGGCGAGGUGGCCAGGUCGCCCAUCAACAAGGCGGGUGAGUCCCCGGACCUGCCGACGGACUGCGCCCGCACGCAGGCCCCUGAGGACCACUUCAAGCACAACGACGACCCGGAGCGCAUGUCGCCCUACGACGAGAGCUUCCAGGGCCCCGACGAGCGCAUGCCGUCCAGCGUGGAGCCAGACGGCGACGACACCACGGACUCCACGGGCCCGGGCAUCGACGGGGACAUGGACCACCUGUCGCGCCUGCAGCAGGCCAUGGAGCUCUCGGGCGUCAUGUCCAGCAAGGGCGAGGACGGCAGCGGCAAGCAGGUGUUCCAGUGCCACCUGUGCUCGUACUCGUGCGCCUCGCGCUACCAGUUCAACACGCACCUCAACACGCACUACGACCACAAGUGCACCAAGUGUGAGUUCACCACGCACUCGGAGCCCAAGCUGCGCGAGCACCUGCAGGGCGAGCACGGCCUCAGCGCGGACUGCCCGGAGGACAUGGAGGGCAUCCGCGUGCCGCGCGUCAACGCACAAGGCAAGGUCAAGACGUUCAAGUGUAAGCAGUGUGAGUACGUGGCCAUCACCAAGAGUGACUUCUGGGAGCACGCACGCUCGCACAUCAAGAGCGAGAAGCUGCUGACCUGCCCCAAGUGUCCCUUUGUCACGGAGUACAAGCACCACCUCGAGUACCACCUCAGGAACCACUUCGGCUCCAAGCCCUUCAAGUGCAACAAGUGUAACUACUCGUGCGUCAACAAGUCCAUGCUCAACUCGCACAUGAAGUCCCACAGCAACAUCUACCAGUACCGCUGCUCCGACUGCACCUACGCCACCAAGUACUGCCACUCCCUCAAGCUGCACCUCCGCAAAUACGGCCACAACCCCGCCAUGGUGCUCAACCCCGACGGCACGCCCAACCCCAUCCCCAUCAUCGACGUGUACGGCACGCGGCGCGGCCCCAAGCUCAAGAAGGACGAGAAGGGCAUGCCCAUCCUGCCGCCGCACUACCAGCUCCAGGCGCAGCUGCUCAAGGCCCAGAUGCAAGCCAACAACGCCAUCCCACCACCUAACAUCAUCGAGAACCCCCCCGCCAAGACCCCCGCCAGGAAGGCCCAGCCCAUGGCCCCCGCCCCCGCCACCAGCACCCCGCACUCCCCCUUCCCCUACCCUUACCCCGGCGUAAUGGAGAACUUCCAGAGCUCCUCGCCAAUCCUGUCCCGCGCCCUCGAAAAGUCCCCCGAGGAGCCCCGCGCCCUGGAGAGCCGCGAGCACCUUCGGGAGCUGCUGCUGGAGCGGGAGCGUGCCGCCGCCAACGCCAAGCCGCCCUCCCCGGCGGAGGGGCUGCGCUGCACGUUGUGCGACUACGUGGCCGAGGGCCGCGAGGCCUUCUCGCAGCACAUGAUGGCCCACGCGGCCUCGGAGCGGCGCGAGGAUAUCUCCCUGUCGCCGCGCUCCCCGCCCUCCGCCAUGGACCACUGCAGCAGCGCCUCCCCCGAGCGGCACUCCCUCUCGCCGCCUCGCCCGCCGCUCUUCCCGCACCAUGCGCCUCCCCCACCGCCGCCGCCGCUCACCUCGGAGGCCAGCCACAUGUACGGCCCGCUGGCCGCCGCCCAGAACCUGAAGGAGUAUCUGGCGCGCGCCAUGAACCCCUUCAUCUAUCAGCAGAUGGUGGGCGGCCAGAUCCACCCCGCCUUCGGCCUGCAGCAGCACCUGCAGCAGUUCACGCACCCGGCCUUCCCGGGGCCCCGCCCGCUGCUGCCCAUGGAGGAGGACCACCGCCUGCACUCCCCUCAGUCCCAGCCCCAGCCCCAGGUGACCGUCCCCCGCCUGCACUCCCCCCAGCCCCUGCCCCAGCCCCAUAUCACGAUGCAGCAGUCGGAGCAGACCCUCUCGCCCACCACGGACGGCGUCUUGGACCUGAGCAAAGAGCAGACGCCGCUGCAGCAGAUGAGCGCGAAGGAGCAGACGCCCCCGCAGCAGGUGCGGGACACCAGCAAGGAGCCGCCGCCGCUGCAGCAGCGCAGCGAGUGCCGCCAGUCCGUCUCGCCCAACCACUCGUCGCCGCAGUCCGCGUCGCCGCCGCGCUCAGAGACCUCCACGCCGCCCUCCAAGAACCGCCGAAAGGGCCGCGCCUUCAAGCUGGAGCGCAUCGCACUGCGCCUCAGCGAGAGCGCCGAGGGCGAGAGCUCCGGCCACGACGAGGACGCGCGCCGGGAUGAUGAGGAGAGCCCCGGCAAGGGCGCCGAGGCCCGCAUGCCGCCACUCAUGCCCCUGGAGCAGAGCGACGUGCCGCAGGAGGGGGCGCAGCAGGAGGUAUGGCGCAGAGCCCACCACUGCCAGUUCUGCGACAUGGCCUUCAAGGACGUGGUCAUGUACACCAUGCACAUGGGCUACCACGGCUACCGCAACCCCUUCACCUGCAACAUGUGCGGCCACCAGGCCACCGACAAGGUGGCCUUCUUCCUCCACAUCGCCCGCUCCUCACACUCCUGAGCGCCGCGCAGUGCCGUGCAGGCCCCGUGUGAGUCGUGAUCUCAAGUGCAGUGAUGGUGCAGUGUGGUGCUGGCGCCUCGCCGCGGCGGGUGAGGGCGCCAGCACCAGGUUGGUUGUGCCCCCUUGCCCCCCCCGCCCCCCCGCCCCCCUGCUCUGUGUCGUGGAUGCUUCUAGCCAUGGUCGUAGGCUCUAGUCAGCUAUAGGACGUGUACUGUACAUAGGCCGCACUCUGCGCUGCGGCAACAAACACUGUGGUGUGUGAGGUGCUCGUGGCGGACCGUCAAGGAUUCUUGGCGCUAUAGCAGUGAACGUGGCCGCGCGUGCGUGUGUCCCUCGGCGCCCGGCCCGUCAUUCGCGGCCGUCAAAAGACUGUGCCACAGUAUUAUAGUUUGGAUGUACGCGGGUAUUAGGCAGCGCCCGAGGCCCCGUGCCGGCCCGGGCGCCGCGCCCCUCAGGAGGACCGCUGGGCGCCCUUCCCCCCGCGGGAAGGCCGCCGCACCGCGCCUCGCGCCCCUGUUCCUCGUGGUGGCAUCAGCCCGCCGCCCCGGCCCCAGACCUGUGUCCGGCGUAGGCGACGCCCCGCCGCCACCACGGACGCGCCGGUGGGCGGCCACACGCGGGCGGCGCCACGCAGGUGUUGCUUUCGUGUCAAUCAUUCCGUUGGGACGUGAUCCGCGGCUACCGGUCAACCAGGGUGUUUGUGUUUGUGUGUGUGAGUGCGUGUGUGUGUGUGUGUUUGUGUGUGUGUGCACCGGUGGCCUGGCGCGGAUGUGGUGAUGAUGGUGUUGUUCCUUUCGUAACUUUAUACUCAGGGAUGGAGUGAGUGGGGUCUGAAGCCUCACACAUCGGGGAGGGAGGGAGCGGAGGAGCGAGGGAGCGAGGGCUGGAGGCACGGGAGCCUCCGCGCCCCGCGGUCACCUGCACGGCGCGUCCCCUGCUGCUCCUCGCGCUGCGCCUCCCCAGUCCUACAGCCACCUCGCAUUCUGCCAUAACAAACGUGUCCCCGUCUCUUAUCGCGCUGUAGCCACGUGGACACAGUCUGGACACGUGUAGACGAGAAGAGAAUACUAGACGAUAAUAAUAAUUACUCUAUGUUAUGUUUACUGUAUACCACCGCGGAGGGAGGGAGAGAGGAAGAAUGACAAGUGACCCGUGAAGACUUGAUGAGCGGACGAAAUGUUGCUGACUGAGGGAGAUACGGACAUGUGUGUGUACGUGUGUAGGUAUGCAGGUGUGGGCGUCAGGUGUACAUAAUACGUAUCCACAAACGCACUACCUGGCUAAACAUUCCUGUGUCUAGCCACGCCCACGCCCACGCCCACGGUGAGACAUUUCCUUAGAUAUUUAACUUGUAACCACCGAUAUUUUUUGGAUUCAUGUUUACCUGUGAGAGAGAAGCGAAGAUGCAUCUACGGAACUGUUUUAUGUUUAUUAUUUAGUUUUAUUUUGUUUUUAUUCCUCCGAACCAGCCCUGAGUGUGUGUGUGUGUGUGUGUGUGUGUGUGUGUGUCACUGUUUUUAUCUAUAUUUUAUUGAUUAUUCUUAUUAUUAUUUUUAUUGGUGUUUGAGUGAAAAUGGAUCCAGAAAUUGUGCUGUGGUUUUAUUAUGUAUGUCUGUUUUAAGGUGCUAUUACUACUAUCAUUAUUAUUAUCAUUAUUAUUAUUAUUUUCACUGGGCGCCCAUUCCAUAUAGUAACUUAAGUCUCCUCUGAUAAGACAUUUACUCUUUUAAAUACGAUAAACAAAACACAUUCUACUUCACUGUACCUGCGAACAAACACUUAUUUUUUAUUGUAUUUCUGGAUUCACUACAAAAAUAUUCCACCAUUCAAAGCUGUGUGUGUGUGUGUGUGUGUGUGUGUGUGUAGGGGCUGGUACUCUCUAUCUCUCUCUCUCUCUUCGGGUAAUAAAUAUUGUCAUAUCAAAUAAACGA